AUGAGUAUAAAUAGAUAUAGUUUUAAAACAAUGAGUAGUAUGCUGAAAGAUAAAACACCUCAGUAUUUUGAUAUACAACCACAUACAAAUAUAAAAUGUAUUGUACAUCCUUCUGUAAUAUUUACAAUUUUAGAUUCAUAUUUAAGAAGAGAUGAAGAUCAAACUCAUGUGAUUGGAACAUUGAUGGGAUCUAUUAUUGAUACUAAUUUGGUUGAAAUAUCUGAUUGCUUUGUUGAUAAGCAUUCGUUAAAUGAGGGCGGUUUUUUGCAAAUAAUAAAAGAUCAUCAUGAAACCAUGUAUGAAUUAAAACAAAAAAUUCGUCCAAGAGAUCAAGUUGUUGGGUGGUUUUGUUCAGGAUCAGAAUUAUCAGAAUUAUCAUGUGCGGUUCAUGGAUGGUUUAAAGAACAUAAUUCUAUUUCUAAAUUUUAUCCACAUUCUCCAUUAAAUGAACCUAUACAUUUAUUAGUAGAUGCAUCAUUAGAAAGUGGGUUCUUAAAUGUUAAAGCAUAUGUACAAUUACCUAUUAAUUUAGUUAAAGAAUAUUUUGUUCAUUUUCAUGAAAUUCAAAUUGAAUUAUUACCAUGCAAUAUUGAAAGAGCUGAUGUUGCCAAAAUAACUGAAAAAAUAACAAAAGGUGGAGAUAAAGAAAAAUUAUUAAAUAAUGAAAUUGAUGAAAAUUCAUUAAAAAAAUUAUUAAUUAUGUUAAAAAAUUGUAAAUCAUAUGUACAAGAUAUUGUUGAUAAAAAAAAAAAAGGAAAUGUAGCUAUAGGAAGAUAUUUACAUAAAGUUUUUUCAAAUGAUCCUUUUAUAUCAGUAGAAAAAUUUGAUUCUAUAAAUGAAAGUAUUUUACAAGAUAAUUUAAUGAUUUCAUAUUUAUCAAAUUUAGCACACUUACAAUUUUUAAUUGCUGAAAAAUUAAAUACCUCUUCUAUGCAAUAA